CUCUCUAGCCCAGAAAAAAAGCCCACGAACAGGCAACGAGUGUCAUUACUCUGCUAUAAUCUGGGCCUACAAAGGCGAUUGACAAUAUAAUAACAACAAUUAAGACUUGCUAGCUCUUUCUCUCUCUCCCCCCCCUUUCUCUCUCUAAAACCGUUUUGAGACAGCCGGCGGGAAGGCAUUGAGAUCGAAAAAAUUUGAGUUACGAUGUCUAUGGUUGAUGAACCACUAUACCCCAUAGCUGUUCUCAUAGAUGAGCUAAAAAAUGAUGACAUCCAGCUGCGGUUAAACUCAAUUCGUAGGCUAUCAACAAUAGCACGUGCUCUUGGAGAGGAGCGAACUCGUAAGGAGUUGAUCCCUUUUCUAAGUGAAAACAAUGAUGAUGAUGAUGAGGUACUUCUUGCAAUGGCAGAAGAGUUGGGGGUGUUUAUUCCAUAUGUUGGUGGUGUGGAGCAUGCCCAUGUUCUGCUUCCACCUUUGGAGACCCUUUGUACUGUUGAAGAAACCUGUGUUAGGGACAAAGCUGUGGAGUCAUUAUGUAGAAUUGGGUCUCAAAUGAGGGAGAAUGAUUUGGUUGAUUGGUUUAUUCCUCUUGUAAAGAGAUUGGCAGCUGGUGAAUGGUUUACUGCCCGAGUCUCUGCUUGUGGGCUGUUUCACAUUGCGUACCCAAGUGCCUCAGAGAACUUGAAGACAGAGCUGCGGUCGAUUUAUAGCCAGUUGUGUCAAGAUGACAUGCCUAUGGUUAGGAGGUCUGCUGCUACAAACCUGGGGAAAUUUGCAGCAACUGUAGAACCUGCUCAUUUGAAGACUGAUAUUAUGUCAAUAUUCGAGGACCUUACUCAGGAUGAUCAAGAUUCUGUCCGAUUAUUGGCUGUUGAAGGGUGUGCAGCUCUUGGCAAGUUGUUAGAGCCCCAAGAUUGUGUUGCUCAUAUUCUCCCUGUUAUUGUUAACUUCUCUCAGGAUAAAUCUUGGCGGGUACGAUACAUGGUUGCAAAUCAAUUAUAUGAGGUUUGUGAAGCCGUGGGGCCUGAGCCUACAAGGACGGAUUUGGUCCCUGCAUAUGUGCGAUUGCUUCGUGACAAUGAGGCUGAAGUACGUAUUGCUGCUGCUGGAAAAGUGACCAAGUUUUGCCGGAUAUUAAGCCCAGAACUUGCAAUUCAGCAUAUUCUUCCUUGUGUGAAGGAAUUGUCAUCAGAUUCUUCUCAACAUGUUCGAUCUGCUUUGGCUUCAGUUAUAAUGGGAACAGCUCCUGUCUUAGGAAAGGAUGCAACAAUUGAGCAGCUCCUUCCGAUUUUCCUUUCUCUUUUGAAGGAUGAGUUUCCUGAUGUACGCCUUAAUAUAAUCAGCAAGCUUGAUCAAGUAAAUCAGGUUAUUGGAAUUGAUCUGCUGUCCCAAUCCUUAUUACCAGCUAUCGUUGAGCUUGCAGAGGAUAGACAUUGGAGAGUUCGGCUUGCCAUUAUUGAGUAUAUACCCUUACUGGCAAGUCAGUUGGGUGUAGGGUUUUUUGAUGACAAACUUGGUGCACUUUGCAUGCAGUGGCUACAGGAUAAGGUUUACUCGAUUCGUGAUGCAGCUGCUAACAACUUGAAGAGACUUGCAGAAGAAUUUGGUCCAGAGUGGGCAAUGCAGCAUAUUAUUCCUCAGGUUUUGGAGAUGAUUAACAAUCCACAUUAUUUGUACCGGAUGACCAUAUUGCGUGCAAUCUCUCUCCUUGCCCCAGUUAUGAGUUCGGAAAUCACAUGUUCAAAACUUCUGCCAGUUGUCAUCAAUGCAUCAAAAGACAGAGUACCCAACAUUAAGUUCAAUGUGGCUAAGGUGCUACAGUCCCUUAUCCCUAUUGUUGACCAGUCUGUGGUGGAGAAGACAAUUCGGCCGUGUUUGGUGGAGCUCAGUGAAGACCCAGAUGUUGAUGUCCGCUUUUUUGCUAACCAAGCACUUCAAUCGAUCGAUCAUGUCAUGAUGCAUGAUGUCUAGUUAGAUGAGGAAGUCUUUACACAUUUUGAUUUCGUUGCUGAGCAUGCAUUUGAAAUGAAGAUCUUAAUAGAUACAGUUGCUAUGACUUGGGCACAUAAGAAUGGUUGUUAUAUCUGCUUUCUUGUGCUUUCGAGUCCCUACUGCUUAUUUGUUGACUAACAUGCAGGACCUUCUUUGGCUGGCUCAGUUAGGUGAUCUCGAAUUUGAGAAAGAAGACUUAUAUGUUCGAGAUUCUUCAUAUUCUUUCUGUUUUUUUGGUUAUGUUAUCAUAUUUUUGUUUUGUUAUUUCUUGUUCUAUGUGUAUUUUGUAAGAUGAUGUUUCAUAAUUAUAAUACGGUUUUAGUUGCUGGUGACGGAUAAA